UCGACGCGAUCGGGUGUGCGCGCUCUCUAUCCGUACAAUCCACAACCGAGUUCGUGAUAUCUGCCCUGCGCCUGCGUGAACUCGUGGACCUUCUUCAAUCGAACCGAACCUACGUGAAUCUGUGUUUUGUUUACUUGUUUAGCCAGCCCAUUCGAGAGUAAAUUUCCUGUAUCCUCCACAAACAAAGGAAACGCUCAGAGGAAGUAACAUAACUUAUUAAGCCGCUGCAAACGGAAAUAAUUAACAAAAAAAUUAAAGCUAAAUGUGCCGAUCGCGUUUUAGCAACGGUUUCGAUGCGGUUUCAAGCAAUCGCUUUAACCAUUGACAUCAUUGAUUUAUGUCCCAAGUGUAAAUAAUUCGCACAACACAAUACACCAAAUUGAGGCUUUCCUCCCUCGGCAGAAACAAACCAAUCAAAUGCAAUGAAAUGAAAUGUUGCCAUUGAUCUGCGCACAGAGCCAUUGUUCAGAGCUAUUGGUUGACUUUUAACUGGGAUCCGUACUUAAAGCUGAGCUGCAAACGAAGUCGAAGCGGAGUUUUCCAUCAUGGACAGCGGAAGCGUGGUUAGUGAACCGAUUUCCGCGCAUCAUCGCGCCUUUGCCAAACAGAAGUCCGCCUCCAUGACCAUUCUCAAUCCGAAGGGUUGUGGCAGUGCCGUCAAGUACAGUCUGCACUCGACUGCAGAGACGAACCAGGAGACCGCCAGCACCACCACCCCCUCUUCCCACUGUUCCACCACCGGCAGAAGGCGCAAGGGAGGCUCGCUGGGCGGAACUCUCUCCUCGCGAUCCACGCGCAGCGAAUCCAAGGAACUGAGGUCGGCUCUUCAGGAUCGGGAGGCUGUCAUCCAGAAUCUGCGCAUCCAGCUUUGUCUGGGCAAGCUGCCACGUCCCACGGGACCACCUCUGGACGAUUCCGAGAAGCCGGCGGCUGAGCAAAAACUAAACAGACUGAAGACGGAGGCGGAGAACAAGCGGAUUAAGAUCAAGAAUCUGAAGAGUGCCCUGGAAAAGCUGGACAUUACAGACAACAUUGACAUCCGCAUCCGACAAGCAGAAUUGGAAUACGCUCUUGGUCGGGAAGAACUGCAGAUGCUCUCGAUUGUGGAGGAGGCUCGGGCCUUGCAGGCCCGACUGGAGAAAUCGAAGCCAGAGGCGCAGACCCUGUACAACAUCAUCAGUUCUGGAGUCUCUUUGAGCCUACAUGCCGUGCAUGCCACCUCUGGUAGGUGGGCAGCUCAACAGCGAACAGAUCAACCGGGAUUCUACGUAGAAUGGGCCCUGGAGGGCGAUGGCUUGUACAAGGGCGACCGCAUCUUGGAGAUCAACGGACGACUGGUCACCGGAAAGUCCAAGGAAGAGCUGCAGAAGCAAGUCGGCAGCUCUGGCAAGUGUCAGAUGGUGGUACUGCGCAAGAAGUCCGUGCCUAUACCACAAAAGCAGCUCGACCAGGAGAAGGAGAACAACAUGAGGCUGCAGCAUCGGAUUUCGUACCUGGAGGAACAGGUGCGGGAGCUCCAAACGGUCAAGGAUCAUCACCCUUCACAGCAGCAGCAACAACAGUCACAGCAGACAUCCUCCAAUCAGUCCCAGCAUGUGACCAGCAUCAGCAUAUCCUCACCUCCUUCGACGCCACCUGAAAAGCCCCUGAUCUUUCAGCGGGGUAACUACAUCACCACUCUAGUGGGUGGCAAGCCCAUCGAACUAAUGGGUGAUGAUAUGGCCUCCAACCAAAACACCCCAGCACAUGUGACCAAGACACUGAUCAAGGAGAAUACCCACAUCGAUUUGAGGGACCGUCUGCCGCACAUGUACUCCAUGCCCUCCAAGUCGCUGUCCGCCUCUAAGAUCUCGAUAAAUAGCGAUUCUGCCUACAUGCAGCACCAUCGACGUGAGAAGGAGCGCCACCGGGAUCGACAGCACCGGGAACGUCCUAGAGAUCCCCUCCAGCAACAGCAGCAACUCCAUCGCGAACAUCUCAUGACCACACAUGCCCGCAGUGUGGAGCAUCUCAAUCACUAUAAUGGACUGGAUCGCCGACGUGACACGCCCCGUCAAAGUGAAACGCACACCCUACGGGCCCGCCUCCCCAGCGAUAUGAGGAGUGUAAAAUCCCUGGACUUCGACAGCGAAAACGAAUCGAAGCCCCCGACAGAGACGCGAACCACCCGACCCACUCCCCCCAAGAAACCGCUGCGACUGUCGCUGCAGCGAGCCCAAAGUCUGCAGACCGUAGAGCUGCAUCCCUGUGCGGAUCUCGAAAGGAAGCGACCCAUGAAAAGGGUCCAUCACAACAAUAACAAUACCAAUAACACCAACAACAAUAACAAGGGUGCAGGAGGAUCGCCGACGGAAGAGGACCAGACCAUGCUCAUCGAGAACUGCAGUCCCAUGCACACAGCCUCCCUUGGCAGGCACAAGCUGAUCUAGGAACGCAAUCCCAAACCGAAAUUAAAGGUUAACCGUAACUUAAACUCAACCCUCGAUCGUCGUUAGCAGACGGUUGAACCCAAAAACAGGCGGACAUGUGCAAAAAUACAAUAAGCAAUAUUAUUACAUUUAAAAUACUUCCAAAUGGCAAGUUAUCUCUUUAUGUCGUAGUUGUAGUACUGUACUUACUUUCU